AUGUCGAAGAAGACUGUGUUGGUGCUGCAUGGGUACUCCCAGAACUCGACGAUCUUCAGCAAGAGGAUCGGAGCCCUUCGCAAAGAAUGUGGAAAGAAAGUCGAUUUCGUCUUCAUCGAUGCGCCGCACAUCCUCCAACCGGCCGACCUGGUCUUCAACUCCUCUCGUCUUGAAGAACUCGGCCUCCGCGCUGAAGUGCAGGCAAACGAGGCCGCCAUGGCCGACGAUCCCACCCUGACCCCCCGAGCUUGGUGGAAGCCCAACCCUGAACGUACCAAAGCGACUGGAAUUGAAGAGUCGAUUAUGAGUGUGCGGGAGGUGUUGAUGAGUCGGAAAUUUGAUGGAGUGUUUGGGUUCAGUCAGGGAGCAGCCUUCGCAGCUCUAAUCUCGGCUUUGCUCCAUUCCAUUAUGAUUGCGAUCUUCCCUUCUGCUCUCAUUCGUCAUCUGCAUAAUGGAAUCAUCGACCCUCCUUCUCCGUUCAUCUCGCUCGAGCGUCCAGAAGCCUACCCUCCUUUCCUGGUAGACGGCAAGGCUCCACACCCUCCCUUCGAUUUCUGCGUGGCCGUCUCAGGGUUCAAAGUUUCCGACCCGAUCUGCGAGCCCAUCUGGGGCGAAGACGGGUUCUCGACGCCCACGCUGCAUGUCAUUGGUAAAACCGAUGUCGUCGUAGUGGAAGAACGCUCUCGUGCGCUUUUGGCUAUUUCCAAGAACCCGAGGUUGGAGGAACAUGUUGGAGGUCAUUUCGUCCCCAGCAAAGCGCCAUGGCGCAAGUUCCUUGCAGCGUAUCUGAGCAACUCUAGUGGUGACGUUCCGUCUCCUAGCGUUACAGAAGCAGCUUCGUCCGAGGCUUCCUCGACUGUACCAUCGCGGAGUGAGACGCCCCAAGCAAACUCCGGAGGCGGUGGUGGUAAUCAGACGAAUGCUUCACUGACAAUGAAGCUAUGA